AUGACUUCAAGUUAUGUAAAGUAUGCACAAUUAAUAAAAGGAACAAGCAGCUAUGCUCGCCGAAUGAAAACGUUAUCCGAUAGAAUAUUUGGAGAAGUCGCAACACCGACAAAUCCAAGCUCCAUGAAGGUUGUUAAAAUAUUUUCUUCUCGACCUCUUCAUACUAAUGAAGAAAUAGUACAUUAUUACCCUCGUCAUAUAGAAACACAUGCCCUAAUGUUGAAGCUGCGAGAGUAUGGUUUGUUCAGAGAUGAACAUCAGGACUUUGUAGAAGAAAUGAAACGCCUGAGGGCUCUCCGAGGGAAGGUAAAAGUAUGGAAACGCCACAUGAACACGGAGAAGGAGUAG